GGUCGCGGGGCCGUGGCGGAAGCGGGGCGGGGCGCGGCCUCUUUGGUGCUGGCGGCCGGCGAAGAUGACGAAGGGUACCUCGUCGUUUGGUAAGCGACGAAAUAAGACACACACCCUGUGUCGUCGAUGUGGGUCCAAGGCGUACCAUCUGCAAAAAUCGACCUGUGGGAAAUGUGGUUACCCUGCUAAGCGUAAGAGAAAGUAUAACUGGAGUGCAAAGGCCAAAAGACGCAACACCACUGGUACUGGUCGCAUGAGGCACCUGAAAAAGGUCUACCGUCGGUUCAGGAAUGGAUUCCGUGAGGGAACCACACCGAAGCCCAAGAGAGCAGCUGUUGCAGCCUCCAGUUCAUCUUAAAGACUCAUCUAUUUGUUAAAAUAAAUGGUCUUAACCAGAAAA